AUGCCCUUCCUUAAACCACCUGUAGACUGUCUGUCUUGCCCUGCAGCAUGGACCAAAGAGAGAUUCUGCAGAAGUUCCUGGAUGAGGCCCAAAACAAGAAAAGUAACAAAGAGGAGUUUGCCAAUGAAUUUCUGACGCUGAAAAGACUAUCCACCAAGUAUAAGGCAGAUAAAACCUAUCCCACAACUGAGGCUGAGAGGCCCAAGAAUAUCAAGAAAAACAGAUACAAGGAUAUCUUGCCCUAUGACCACAGUCGAGUAGAGCUGUCCAUGAUAACCUCUGAUGAGGAUUCCAGCUACAUCAAUGCCAACUUCAUUAAGGGAGUUUUGGGACCCAAGGCUUAUAUUGCCACCCAGGGACCUUUGCCUACAACUGUCCUGGACUUCUGGCGGAUGAUUUGGGAAUACAGAGCCCUGAUCAUUGUUAUGGCAUGCAUGGAGUUUGAAAUGGGGAAGAAAAAAUGUGAGCGCUACUGGGCUGAGCCAGGAGAAAUGCAGCUGCAACUUGGCCCUUUCUCCAUAUCCUGUGAAGCUCAAAAUAAAAAAUCUGAUUAUACAAUCAGGACUCUACAAGUCAAGUUCAAUUGUGAAACUCGAACCAUCUACCAGUUCCAUUAUAAGAACUGGCCAGACCACGAUGUGCCUUCAUCUAUAGACCCUAUUCUUGAGCUCAUCUGGGAUGUACGUUGUUACCAAGAGGAUAACAGUGUUCCCAUAUGCAUUCACUGCAGUGCUGGUUGUGGAAGGACUGGUGUUAUCUGUGCUAUUGAUUAUAUGUGGAUGUUACUAAAAGACGGGAUAAUUCCUGAGAACUUCAGUGUUUUUAGUCUGAUCCAGGAAAUGCGAACACAGAGGCCUUCAUUAGUUCAAACUCAGGAACAGUAUGAACUGGUCUACAAUGCUGCAUUAGAACUAUUUAAGAGACAGUUGGAUGUUAUCAGGGAUAAACACUCUGGAACAGAGAUUCAAGCAAAGUACUCAGUUUCUAAGCAAAAUCCCAAUCUAGAAGCAUAUUCUUAUUCUCCUAAUUUACCAAAAAGCAUCAUAAAAGAAGCAAAAGUGAUGAACCAGCAGAGCAAAGGAAGGAUAAGGGUGAAAAGUGCAGAAGUUUCUUCCUUUGACCUCAGGAUUUCUGAAAUAAAUAAAAAGGAAGAGUUAGUAAUGCACCAUUCUAAACAGAGCAGUUCUUUAGAGUUUUUGGAGCUAAAUUGUGGUUGUAACAAAAAUGCUGACACAACCAUGAAAUGGGAGAGAAAGGUAUUCCCAAUAGCUGGGGAGCCUCUUCAGAAGCAUCAAAGUUUGGACUUGAGCUCCAUUUUGUUUGGAGCACGUCCUAACUCUAAACCUGUAAAUGCAGCAGGAAGAUGUUUUAAUUUAAAAGGGCCAAUAAUGCGGACGAAAUCAACUCCCUUUGAAUUGAUGCAACAGAGAGACACCAAAGAGUUGGAUGUCGAGGAAAAAUUUUAUUUGGAAUCUCACCCACACAAUUCUUGUCUUGAGCAGGCUCAAAAAGUGAUGCAUGUUUCUUCAGCAGAACUGAAUUAUUCACCAUCAUAUGACUCUAAGCAUCAAACGUGCAAUGCCUCUAAAGCAAAGCAACACGACUCUGGUGCUUUUAAUGUACUUUCUUACAUGUCUUUAGUAGAAGAUCCUUAUUUUUCAUCAUGGUCUCCAAGUAGUGCUGGUUCUAAGAUGUCUCUUGAUUUACCUGAGAAGCAAGAUGAAACUGUUUUACCUUGUUGCUCUUCACUGCCAAAAUCUUCUACAACCCUCUUUCCUUAUUACAAUUCACAUGAUUCUUCAGCACUGAAUCCUCCCACCAAUUUCCCCCCACCGCUGAACCAAGAGACAGCAGUAGUAGCAACUUCUCCAAGAAUAGAUGAUGAAAUUCCCCCUCCACUUCCUGAACGGACACCUGAAUCUUUUAUUGUGGUAGAGGAAGCUGGAGAAUUCCCCCUGGAUAUUCCCAAAUCUUUAACUUCAGCUGUGAAGAGUGUAAAACCCCAGAGUCCCAAAUCAGAUAGACUCCAAGAUCUUUCUUCUUCCCUGCCACCUCCACUGCCAGAAAGAACCUUAGAGUCCUUCCUUGUUGCUGAUGAAGAUUGUAUACAGGCUCAACCUAUAGAGACUUAUUCUACUAGCUGUCCUAACACCAUGGAAAAUUCAACAUCUUCAAAACAGACAUUGAAGACUCCUGGAAAAUGUUUCACAAGGAGUAAGAGUUUGAAAAUUUUGCGAAACAUGAAAAAGAGUAUCUGUAAUUCUUCCCCAUCAAAGAAUCCUGCAGACUCUGUUCAGUCAAAUAACUCCAGCUCCUUUUUGAAUUUUGGUUUUGCAAAUCGCUUUUCAAAACCCAAAGGACCAAGGAACCCACCAUCAACCUGGAAUAUUUAACACAACUUUGGAAAAUCAGCUGCAAGUGAAUCUGCA